AUGAAGUUUUGUUGUGCUUUGUUAUACUUGAAUCUGGUUGCAAAGAUGGUACAAGGGCUCACUUUGUAUAAUAAUAGUGGGUGGAUGUCUCUUGGCAACAAUUUGUCGGCUCUUCUCCUCUUGCAAGGAGAGCUACCACAAUACAUCUACGAGUCUACCGCAGAUACCUCUUUUUUCAGCAACACAACAACAAUCAACUCCUACGGGCUUGUGGAUCUGGCGUCUAUCAUGAUCAAUAGUGUCAAUGGCUCUGCCACCAACUUGACUAAACGUGAUACUGGUAGCAGCGGUAUGGAUAAAGUUUUUCAGCUUCUGGGACUAGAUAUCAAUGCGGGUCUGGUCACACAGCUUGCAACCAUGGGCGUGGGAGCUUCAGGGUCCACCACUGCGACUGUUUUUUCGAACUCGACCCAGCUUUCCAAGCGGGACACCCAGUACUGCAGUUCUGGUAUUCAGAUCGUCUGGGAUUACGUGAAGACUGCAGGACGCAACACUUACAAGAAGUUCACCUGGCAAAACAUGGAAUGGGCUUGGGGAGGUUUUGAACGAAUCAACGAGCAACAAUCGUACAUUCUGGCUUCGGCAAGUACAAUUGCAAGUUGGGUCAAAGGCUCAUCCACCAAAAGCGAAUGCAAAGGGUUUACAUACGUUUUGAAAGACAACAACUAUCCGAACGAUUAUUGGAUUGUCGGAGGAGCUCCAUGGACCACUGGAAAUAACUGUGACACCACUGCUUCGUUGAACACCAUCACUGAAGCUCUUGAAGAGUCGUGGAAAGACGUCAUCAACCGCAAAAUGGUUGGGAACUGUGCCAGACUUCACAAUGGUGGUACAUGGUACACGGACGUUCGUGUCCUGACCGCCGAGACAGCAGCCGAUUGUGGUUUAAACUUAUGGAACUACCAGUGUGACAACUAUGUCAAUUAA